AUGAAUUUCUUCAUCUAUAUGCGUCCGCCCAUCAAAGACAUCGAUGAUUGGGAAGCGCUUGGAAACCCAGGGUGGAACUGGGAGACCCACUUGAAGUACACGAAACGUGCAGAAAAGUUCACACCUCCCACGGCUGCACAGACGGAGACCUUCCAUCAGACGUAUGAUCCUGAAGUCGUUGGAACCGAGGGGAACCUUCAAGUGGCUUUCCCCAGCCUUAUCAUGGACGGAGAAGUUCCGUUCCAACAGACCGUGAAGAAUACUGGAAUCAAGAUACUCGAUGGAGCUGCGCUGAGCGGCGAUGUGAACGGUGCAUGGAUGGCAGCCGCAACGAUCGAUCCCGUCAAGAAGACGAGGUCGAUUAAGGCAUUCUACCUUCCUUACCGAGAUCGCUCCAAUCUGAAGGUGAUGGUGGAAGCGCACGUGAACAAAGUGCUCUUUGCAAGCGAGCGCCCUAACAACCUGCUCAUUGCUGAAGGAGUCGAGUUCACCGUCGCCGGCACUAAGCAUGUCGUCCAUGCUAAGAAAGAAAUGAUUCUUAGCGCGGGGCAAUCGCCUCAAAUCUUAGAACUAUCUGGUAUCGGGGACCCUUCCAUUCUCACUCCACUGGGCAUCGAAUGUCUGAAUCUACUCCCGGGGGUGGGAAACAAUGUCCAGGAGUACGUCUUCUAUCCGACCUCAUUCGAGUUGAACGAUAAGGAGAACGGGUGGAAUACUCUGGAUAAGCUGAGAAAUCCCGAGUCAGCGAAGGCCGAGAUGGCGCUUUUCAAUGAGAAGCGGCAGCAAGGCCUUUACACUAUGAGCCUAGCCAACGUUGUAUUUACACCAUUGCAGCAAGCGUCCCCGAUCGCCAAUGAUCUCAUCACUGCACUUUCGGUCAAGCUUGAGCAAGCUAGGAAGGACGGUCAUAUCAGCGAUGCGCUGUGGGAACAGUACCAGAUGCAGCUCUCUCUUGUCAAGAGUGACAAGGCAAUCGAUCUAGAGCUCGUCACACUUCCUUACUACUGUACUACGACGACACCGCCCGAGGAAGGCAAGGCUUACAUGACCAUCCUAGCCGCUCUGAAUAGCCCCUUUUCCCGGGGUAGUAUUCAUGUCGCUUCUUCAGACCCAGAACAGCCUCCGCUCUGCGAUCCGCAUUACUUCGAGAACGAUUUUGACAUGCAGGUUCUGGGGGAGGGGCUCAAGUUUAUCCGCCGACUGCAAGACGUAGAGCCUUUCAAGUCCAUGAUCGUGAAGCAGAUAGAUCCCAGCCCCAAGCUACAGACUGAUGGAGAAUUGCGGAACCACAUUAUUAGCGAACUGAACACCACAUUCCGUGCGCAGUGA